AGAGAAAGAGAGGUUCAUAGUGUAAAAUGGGCAACUACUGUAGUUCCGGACAGACGAAAAAGGAUAAGGAUAAUGUUUCGGAAAAAUCCGAAGAAUCGCCCUCUUAUCAGCUGGCGGAUAAGGGAAAGAGCAAGGUGAACGAUGUGAAGGAGGCACCCUUGGCGGCGCCGGAAGUCACAUCGGACGCAUCCGGCACGGGCCAAAUCUCGAACAGCUCCAACGCGACCAAUGGGUGCAACGCGUCCAGUGUGGCUGGCGCGGGAGGAGGUGCUGAUGGGGCCAGAGCACAACCGAAAGCACUCCAGAACGUGCAAUCGAUGACGCUGUCGGAUUCCACCACGAACAGCCCGAUGACCGUGUCGCCACCAUGUGAUAUACCGCUAGUGCAUCAGAACUUACCGCAAAACCUAACACCACUGUACGGCAAACCGACAACCAAUAGGCGGACGGAUAAGUACAAAAAGAUCGUCCUUUACAUACUGGCCGCGGACGAUGGCUUCCAGACGGAGAAGGCAAUGCUGCGGGAGGUGUUUAAGGCACUGAACCAGAAAUGCCAGAGCCGUGGGUUUGAGCUGCACGUGGCCGAUCUGCAUGUGCUCCAGCCGAAAGGGAACAGCUUCGAUGUGAGCAAAUGGUUCAGUGGACCGCUCGAGGCACAGGGUGGCCAUGAGCUGGCCGCCAACUGUUUGGCGGAGAUUGCCCGCCAGUCCUGUGACUCGUACCUUAUACCGGUGCUGUUCCUUGGCGGUACGUUGGGUGAUCCGCUGCUGCCGCUGACGAUCGAAAGCCAAGACUUUGUGGCGGCACUGCAGAUGGCCGAACGGAAUCCGGCGGAACGAGCGAUACUGGAGAAGUGGUACGUGCUGGACGACAAAUCGCAACCAGCGUGCUAUCGGUUAAAUGCUACAGCCACACCGUCAAUGUCGGCGGAAGAAUCGCAGAAGGAACUCGCGUCGCUGCUGCAGACGUUGAUUGAUAUAUUCUCGAAAGAGCUGCGCGACUCUUACUUAACCACCGUCGUUGAACAGGAAAUCAACAAUACCGUGCUGAUCAGCCAAGAGCUAUCCAAGCGUUGCAUCUGGAUCCAGAGUGCAGUAGCAGCACCAAAGUCGGAAGGGUUAUCCUCUGUCGAGGCGGAAAUGGUGCGAAGGUUGACCAACAUACAGAACGAUCUGAAGAAUCAACUGUCCGAGAAGCACAUCAUUCGCAUCCCGGCCAACAUUGCCCAACAGCAACAGGAACAGUUUGGUACGAUGCUGGACACCUGUCUGGCGCAUGAGAUAGAUUCCAUCAUCGACGAACACGUCAGCAAGUACUCGAUACCGCACUGCACGUACGGCGUCGAUCGACGACUGCUCAGUGAGCUGGAAGAGGUGAACCGCCAUUCGCGUGUGUUGAACGAAAACUGCGCCAACUUCAGUACGACCGAUCGUGUCCGCGACUAUCUCACAUCGGCCCGGGGCAAACCGCUCGUUGUGUACGGCUCGAUGGGUGCGGGCAAGAGCGUCUUCAUGGCGAAACUGUCCCAAAACCUCCACACCUGGCUGCCGGAGUCCCAUCUCGUGAUGAGAUAUGCGAACCUUACCAUGCAAAGUUCGGAUGUAACUGGGCUGUUGGGAUCGAUAACGGAGCAGAUAUCAGUAUUAAUUAAGGGAGUGCCGACACGCUGCCAGCAUACCAUUCCAUCAUAUGGCGGUGUGCUGAAGUCGCUGUUGGAGGGUUCGAAGCAACAGAUCACCAUCCUGAUCGACUCGAUCGAUGCGUUGCGUGACGUGGAGGAGCUCGAUUGGCUACCCGUGACGCUGCUGGACAACGUGAAGCUCGUGCUGACGGUUAGCUCUGCCGGCACCGGUCAGGAUCUAGCGACUGCGGACAGUGUUGUACUGCAGCGUCUGCGGGAACGGGUUGGUGACGAUAGCUGCUUCCUGUGUCUCACCCCAUUCACCCAGGAGCAGUGGGAGGACGUGUUGUGCUUCGGUGGAGGCGAUAUUUACGCCGCCAACGGUGCGUUGCAGCUGCCCGAAUGUUGGAAAAAGUCGGGCGAGAAAAUUUCUAUCCAAGCGAAGAUUCUCUGGUGGCUUGGAUGGCUAGGCAUCACCAACCUUUCCGACACAUCCGUAUCGCACAUCAGCGAGCGUGUGUUUGAGAUACUGGAAGAGAAGUUUACUGCCGCCAUCGUCAGGCUGAUCGUAUCGCUGCUGCUAGCCUCCCGGGAAGGUUUGCUGGAGACGGAAAUCAUUACACUUAUAAGGAACUCUAAUUUAGUUACCGGAUCAACAACAAAACUGUGGACGCACUUUUGCUGGAAGAUGGGACCACUUUUUCUGCACAAUAAGAACAUUAUCGUCGUCGAUCGGACGCUGCGACAGGUGGCGGAAAAGCGGUACGAAGCGGACAUUAAGCAGGCGCACCGAAUCCUGUACGAUUACUACGAGCUGCAACCGAACGUGUUUCUCGACAAGAAGGGCAAAGAGCGAUGUUUUAACUAUAGGAAGAUUGUCGAAUUACCCUACCACAAGUACAAGCUCGAUGCGGUAGCGACCGAGAGCACCUUUACCAACUCUCCGUACCUGACCGAUCUGGCCUGGUUGCAGGACAAACUGAUCGCUACCGGAUGUGUUCAUAUUUUAAACGAUAUUUGUCUAGUCGAUGGUGCCGCUAGUGCCGGUACGCAUGUGGCGCUGCUAAAGUCAUUCAUCGAGGUGCACUUUAAGGCGCUCAACUAUGACGGACAUCAGCUGUACUCGUUACUGCGUCCGGUGCUGGUAGCGGAGCGGCAACGUGCCGGCUCGCCGUACGCGAACAGUGUGAUUGUGCAGCAGUGGCUGGAGACGAUCGAUAACAGUGCCGUACCGUUUCUGGAGAGGUUGACACAGGCCGGAGAGGAUGUAGAUGACCGGGAGAAGCAAACGGGCGACAAACCCGGCAAUGCUGGGUUCGAUCUGAUGAUGAACUUGAGCAUUGAAGGGUACUUCGUCAUAUCGCUCAGUACGGAACGGGAAGAAAUCUGUGUUUGGGAUGUUGCAAAAUGUCGAAAGGUACGGACCCUCACGGGAGUUCCGCAACCGUCUGCGAUUUGUCCGGUCGGUGACUACGGUGUGGCCGUUCUGUGUCGCCGAGAGAUUCGCAUCAUCGAUCUGAACGAGGGCAUGUUUAAGGUGACGCUCAAGGGCGUCAUGAAUCAGAAGAUGCCAUACUUUGGACUGCACGAUCCGUCGCACCUGGUGUGUCUGUCCCGCAACCGCAUGUACGUGAACCUGAUGAACAUCGAGUCGGGUGAUUGUGUGACCACGUUCAAGGCGGGUGAAGAUCGGUUCCUGAAUUCACUCCUCGUAUCGGGCGAUGGAAGAAUUCUCGUGUGCGGUGAUGAAACGCAGAAACCUUUCCCGUUGCUGGUGUGGCAUCUGUCGCAGAAGAAGCUGCUUUACGAUCUGCGCAUACCGCACCACGAUUUUAUCACCUCGUUGUCCGCCAUUACGCACGAAGGUUCGUACGUGUGUGUGGUUGCGAAGGAGCUGGCGGAACCGAGCCCCAACUUCAUCGUGGUGUACGAUCUGCAGAGUGGCACACUGUUCAAGAAGUGGAAACCGUCCUGCAACACGGUAUCGCUAGCCAUCUCGCAGACCAACACCUGCGUGAUUGCGGGGCUGGAAGAUGCGAGAAUUUUAAUCUGGGACUUGGUGACCGGUAACUGCCGUAGUACACUGGUGGGUCACAGUGCUCCGGUGACCUUGCUGAAGAUAGAUCCAACUGGGAAAAUCUUGCUCUCGAGCGAUAAGGAAGGGCGCGAUAUGUCCAUCCGGCUCUGGCAGCUCGAUAGUGGCAACCUGCUGGCCGUGUACACGCCGGAGGAACGUAUUACGACGUGCGAAAUACUCAGCGGUGGCUCGUACCUGGCACUGGCGCUGGAGAACCGCCACAAUCUGAUCACGCUGAAGCUGCGGUCGGGCAGCGAUGGCUCCACAGCCGGGGACGAACGUUCGUCGAUAGUAUACGGUAACUCCGAACACGACGGUAAGCAAUUCGAUUUGAAGCAGUAGAGGCAGUAAAGCGCACAGAAUGUAAGAUAGGUCGCUUCCUUCUAUAGCUGGAAUGAAUCUCCCAACACGCGCGAACGUUAGAUAACGAAUUGUGUUCAUAUGAUAGUGUACGAAUAGCACCGACUUGGUGUGCAUAUUCUGCACCACUGCACCACCCACUGAUGUCAAGCGUAUAACCACUCGGUAGCGCAAACAGAUAAAUGAUAAAGAAUCCGCUCGUAAGCGAAGAAUUGAAUCCACACCCGUUGCACAUCCAUCUUCUAAGGUUAACAGAAUGGCCAUUGUAACACGGAGGCGAAAUGUUUCCCGUCGCAAUGCAUUGCAUGAAUAGCUGUAAGAGUUCGCACACCACAGAAUGCGUGCGUGCAUGUAAAAUAGCUUCCGGAAAGCAAAGCAGGCACAAUAUGAGAAUAAAACGCACAUUAGCAAUCAUUCUGGCGCAGCAAAAACAGAUCAAUUGCGCGAUGAAGCGUUCCUAACCUUCGUUCAGUGCGGGAGUGGCAAGUAUCGAUACGAUUAUCUUCCUUCAUAGAGUAAAUGUUGACACUAGGGAUGAACCAUCGAGUCGCGUUGAAGUGUGCAGCGUUUAGCAGAUAGGUGUUAGGCUCACUGGUACUGCUCAGAUUACUACUUAAAUUUAUAUACUUUCGUUGGUGAGUUAGCUCGUUUUUUUCUGAGGGACUCGGGCUAUUAUUGAAAGGAAGCUCACGGAACUAUUCCUUCCUUGGUUUCCGUUUACUUUCGAACUCAGCAAACGUUUAUUGACAGGUUUACACUAUUCUGUUAUAUGAUUGUGAUCGUUUAAUUGUUGUUAAUUAUUGUUUAGUUAGGUUAAGUACGUUUGUAGCCAUGGUAAUAGUACGCACAGACUGGGAACACAUUGGACAAAGAAUUGGAUCUGGUUUGAAACUAGCUUGGAUAUUGGCAGUUUGUGGAUUUAUUUAUUCGUACACUACAUUGCAAUGAUUGGAAUUGCAACUAUUCAUAAAUCGUUUGGCUGUUUAAUUCAUAACAUGACAUUACAAAACAAACAUCCUUUACUUUGGUUUCGAAGAAAAUGUUUAAGUUCCUCAGAAUCUUGUGGAAUUUACUGAGCUUGGGGUUAUUGUUUUUACAAGCCAUAAGUAGUGAGCUGUGCUUAGUUACGUUACGACAGAAAAAAAGGCGGAAGCGUUAUCGGAAAAUACCAUAUAUACAUUACGCACAUCUCCUAGCUAAUCCUGCAUAGAGCAAUAGUUGUAAACCGUAACCACUUAAGAUAUCAAUAGACGAAGUAAUUAGCAGUUGUCCUAUCUAUACCGCAACCAUGCAACAUAAGCAACACGUCGAACAGUGAGAAACCACCAAAAGAAACCCGUCUAAAAUAGUAACAUUCAAUUGUUUGACGUCACACGCCGAAGCGAAUAGUCACAAUUUUGCGAAGCUAAGCCAACUGGAUACAAUGUAGCAAAUCCACAUUUAAAAAUAGUAAAGCCAUUGCCAUAGAACCAUAGAUGCGCAUACAAAUACGGUGUUAGUGGUCCUUCUAGCCCACCUACAAGCCUCAGAUAUUGCCACCUGAAAGCAGCAAGAGUAUAACACUAGAUAAAAUAUCUCAUCUGGCAUGAGACAUUAAGGCUGGUCCUUGAUGAUGAUGAAUUCUUGCAAGCUAUAGAAAAACCAACCCCACGGUCGACCACGAUGCUUCUGAAUCAAUUCAGCUGUUCUCAACGCUUGAAACCACCUGCCCCCGUAAAUACAGCUGUGAGACCAAAACCAAACCAAAAAGAGACAAAACAAACAUCCAGGUAAUAUAAUAUGUGGUAGGGAUAGGGCCCGGCUUUGCGGUUGGGCCAUAGGCCGCACAAUUUCGGUGGUUUGAGACUCGUUAUAACAUAAGUGGGUGUGAUAGUUUCCGGAUUUUAGUUACCGGCAAGAGUACCGUAGGCAGUGAACAGUGACGGAAAGGUCAUCCACUCUAUUAGGCAGUCUGCGUGAAAAUGUGUAUGUGUGUACGUAGUGCGAAAUGGAGAAUAGUGCGCCAAGUACUCGGACGGCGAUCGCACGCAUUCAACCAAUUAAUCGCGAAAGGACUAACAUCCAAAUCAAAAGAAACAGCAACAAAAAUUGAAAGUUUGUUGGUGGCUGGGAAGUGAAGCUCCAAAAACGCACAAAAACAUAUAAAAGCUAUACAUAUAUGAGUAAAACGCACAACUAAAACAAGUAAAACAUAAGAUACGGAAGGAAUGGAUGACAGUGGAUAGCAGAAGAAGCAAAACAGAGGAGAGAAAGAAAGAAUUAAUCUAAAGCAAACAAACGCAACACAACAUAUAUGCGAUGAAGUACUAUCAAUUUUUAUGUAAAAUCUUUUAAGUAAUAUUGUAUUUGUUACUUUUGAUUUAUAUAUAAAAAAACAUGUAUGUGUGUGUGUGUAUUUUCAAGAUGAGAACAAGCAGAACAAGCUAUUAUACGUAUACAUAAAUAUAUAUAUCACGAAACAACAAAAAAAAACAAGAAAACCACGGAGACAUUGUAACAAGAGCAAAACAGUAUAA